AUGCUUUUCUCCACUAUCCUCGCUGCCGGGCUUGCCCAGGCCUUGACCGCUUCCGCUGCCACUAUGAUGGUCACCGUCGCGGCGAACAACAAGUUCCAGUUCACUCCCAACUCGGUGACCGCCCAGCCUGGAGACAUGGUCGCUUUCAACUUCGUCGCUCAGAACCACUCUGUCGCUUCAUCCACUGCCAACAACCCUUGCCAGCCCGAGAAGAACGCUAUCUUCUCUGACUUCCAGCCUAUCCCCGGAAACCCCAAUGGGAGCCCCAACGGCGGUGGCAACGCUGGUGGCAAGAACAAGAACAACAACCGCCAAGCCGGCAACACGCCCAUGUUUAUGGUCCCCAUCACCGACACCGACCCCAUCUACAUCUACUGCUCCCAGGCCCAGCAUUGCCAGCAAGGCAUGGUCAUGGUCAUCAACCCUCCUAACGGCAAUGCUGUCACCCAGUACCAGAACAAGGCUGCCCAGGCCAACAACAACGUCUCUCCCAAGGGCGGCAUGUCCGGCGGUUCCAUCACAAACAACAAGGCUGGCACCAACCCCAAGAACGUUCUCGGUGCGACUGCUGGUGAUGCUGCUGCUACUGCGAACACAAGCAACAACGGCAAGAAGAACGGUGGUGGCAAUGGUGGCGGCGCCGCUGCUGGCCUUGCGGCUCUCCUCGGCGGUGGAAAGGGAAACUAA